CAUGCUGAUUUGUUUUGACGCCGGACGGUGGGAAGAAGGUUGAGUCUGAGGAGGGAUAGCUGAGGGCCGUUGCAUUUUCUUUUAUCGUUCGCUCGACAUCAAAAUGAACUUAUGUGUCCGUAUGUGGCUUCUCCUCCUGGCGCUUCACACACUGACACUCGCUGCUGUCGCGAGAAGAGACACUAGAAAUGUCCUUUUCAUCGUGGCAGAUGAUUUGCGGACAUCACUGGGCUGCUACGGAGACACUGUAGUAAAAUCACCAAACAUCGACCAACUGGCAUCUAAAAGCCAAGUUUUUCUCCAUGCAUAUGCACAGCAAGCUGUGUGUGCUCCCAGUCGCACGUCCAUGUUAACUAGUCGCAGACCAGAUACAACCAGACUCUAUGACUUCAAGUCCUACUGGAGAGUCCAUUCUGGAAACUACACAACUCUGCCACAGUACUUUAAAUCUAGGGGGUAUCGCACCAUGUCUGUGGGCAAGGUAUUUCAUCCAGGAAUCGCCUCUAACUACUCAGAUGAUUAUCCAUACAGCUGGUCCAUCCCUGCCUAUCACCCAGCUUCAUUUCAAUAUGAGAAAAAAAAGAUGUGUAAAGGAGAGGAUGGUAAACUCCACGCCAACUUACUGUGUGCAGUGAAUGUGACGGAGCAGCCUGGGGGAACCCUCCCUGAUCUGGAGAGCACAGACGAGGCAGUGAGGCUACUGAAGAGUUCGGCCAACGAUGCUGUUCCUUUCUUCUUAGCUGUGGGAUUUCAUAAACCACACAUACCCUUCAGAAUACCACAGGAGUAUCUGAGACUGUAUCCCAUAGAACAAAUGACCCUGGCCCCUGACCCUGAUGUCCCCAAACUCCUUCCUCCUGUGGCCUACAACCCAUGGACAGAUGUGAGAAAGAGAGACGAUGUCCAAAAAUUAAACAUCAGCUUUCCUUAUGGACCAGUUCCUAAAGAUUUCCAGCUGCGUAUCCGUCAGCACUACUAUGCUGCUGUGUCUUACAUGGACGCUCAGGUUGGGCGGCUGCUCAGUACUCUUGACGAGCUCGGUCUGACUGACGACACUCUGGUGGUGUUCACCUCAGAUCAUGGUUGGUCAUUAGGAGAACAUGGUGAAUGGGCUAAAUACUCUAAUUUUGAAGUGACAACACGUGUCCCUCUUAUCUUUUACAUUCCUGGCGUCACCACACACCGUGAUGGGCUGGGAGAGUCAGCUUUCCCCUUUAUUGAUGUUUUAACCCAAUCAGAGUACAGCUUUAAGAAUGACAAAGUCAUAAGAAACAUGGUGGAGUUGGUGGAUGUUUUUCCUACAGUCUCCUACAUGGCCGGCCUCAGAGCACCUGCACCUUGUGCUGAUGUUUCUUUUCAGGAGGAGCUGUGUACAGAAGGAGUCAACCUGGCCUACACUUUCCGACACAGAGAAAGAGGAAAGAACGAGGAAGCGAUAUCUUUUAGCCAGUACCCUCGACCUGCUGACACACCACAGGAGAACUCUGACCUCCCUGACCUUGAAGACAUAAAGGUCAUGGGUUACUCUCUACGCUCCUGGGACUACAGAUACACUCUCUGGCUGGGAUUUAACCCUAAAAGGUUUCAGGUGAACGUAUCUGACGUGCAUGCUGGAGAGUUGUACAUGUUAGCAGACGACCCCGGGGAGGACAACAACACCUACAGUGACUCUGACCACAGUGAGGUGAUGAAGAAGAUGGCCAGUCUGCCUCAUACUGUUAGUCUGCAGAUGAGAAUGAAGCUGCAGCUCCUCUACCUCACAGCAGGGAUGAAAACGAAUAGGGGGAAGGCGUGAUGACGAGAAUAAAGUACAACAGAUGGACGGAUGGGUACAAGUACAAAGGGAAGAUGGAUAGAUGAAAAACUUCAUCUAGAAAGGGAGAAUGCUUUGAAUAUUUCUUUUAACGUAAUGCAUACUUGAUUCAGUAAUCUCUGGUAUCGACCAUUAAUCUUUCAAGCUCAGCUCCUCAGGCUAAUGUUCCAUGUUAAGCACUCGCUGGCAGGCACACCUGGAUUCAGCACAUGAACAAAGUGAAUAAAAAAGCACUUAUGCUGUUAGUUUCAAGACAUUUCACCCUUUAAAGAAGUUUAUGAUUAGCAAAGAAUUAGUUCUGAUUCUGACAAAGAGAAAUAUCCAUAUGUUUGCAGGAACUUGUGCAGGGUUCAUCUUCCUCUGGAUAAACAGAACUACAGAACAGAAAAAGAGUGUUUUCAGUGACUUGUCUGUUCACACCUGCCUUUUAUGAAUGUAACUGACUUACAUAAAAGAAAUGUCAUUCUGAUUUUGAAUGGGUCCAAUCUGAGGAGUCAGAGACGUCUGAAUGAGAGAGAAAUGUGAAAACAUAUUCACUCUGCAGGAAAUUGUUGUUCUUGUUACAGAAUGUAACAAAAAUGAAGAGGUGCUGGUUAAAUGUUACCCCUUGCUUUCAGUCUUUAGGCUGAGCUAAUCACUAGCUCAUAUUUAGCGAACACACCAUUAGUGUUCUAGUUCUAACUCUCAAAAGCAAAAAUCCGAACAUUUCUCAGACAGUAGGAAGCUGGACAGCUCUGAUUGGCUGUGACUUAGCUUCUUCCUCUGUGAGAAUGAUUACAUCUUUGCAUCUGAAGGAAUAUUGAGGAAGAAUUAGCUCCUCUGAUUAAUAGCGACACAGAUUUCCCAUUUUAGAACAAGUGCUCUUCAGUGUAUUAUUGAUCCUUCAGUCUGCUUCAGGUGUCGUCUCCACUUUGAACUACAACGGCUAAGAAGGGCUUGUUUUGUACUGUAAUGUUAAACAAGACGACAUUUCUAUUUGCACUUGAUGUCACUCGCAGCUGUUUGCUUCUCUCCUUGUAAACAGUCAGUUCAGAUCAAUUUGUGGACCUGAAAUAAAGUGUGUAAACGCCACCCGUAAUAAUUCAAUGCAAAUGAAACUGGAGUAUUUUGCUGCUGUUCCAACGCUUGAACAUUUUGUGCCGUGGUGAUUUAGAGGAAGGCAAUUUCAGCUUGAAUUUCAGGUUCAGCAAUGAAUCAAAGGGAUUUGGUUUGAUAACUUUUAUCGUGGGCUGCUCUGGUCUCAUGCUAAUGGGAUACAGUUGAAUCAUUUAAUCAGUGGGGCUCUGUCAUAUGGAGGAUGGAACUGAAUUGGUUGAUUUGACUGAACUGUGUUUCUUCCCAGGUUGAUCAAUGCAUUUGUAAUAGUUUUUUCCGGUGCUUUGCCUGCGUCCCUGUGUCCUGUAGCACAUUAACAUCUGGAACAAUGGAUAUAAUCAGUAACAUAUACUGUCCAUAACGAUACUGAGAAUGGAAACAUGAGCGUAGCCUUGAGUUUGGUUGCGUCAGAGCAUCCUUAAGCUUGAGCUCCAUCUUUCUGAAGGGAAAAUGAAAAAUAAAUGCUGUAGAAAUAAUUCAAAUCUUGAGCUUGGCAAAGACACGUUAAUAUAUUUAUGUCAGUUUGAUUGGUUUGUAAAAAAAAAAAUAAAAUAUUUUUGUAGACUUCAA